AAUUGAUUAUUUAUUAUUUACAAUGUCAUCAAAAGAAACAGAAAAAUCAUUACAAUUGUAAAUUGUAUUUAAAAUAAGCACAUAUUUCAAAGAUACAUCGAAUUACAUCGUUGACGAAGGCGUCCUGUUUUCAACAUGCAUCUACCGAUAAGAAGUAAAUUGUAUUUUCUAAUAUUCAUAGUGAUUGGGCUAGCUACAAUGACAACACAAUUUGACAUACAAGAGGAAACAGAAACUGAAAAUAAAGAAAAUAUUGAUGUCAAUGAUGUCCCCAAUGUAGAUGAAUCAGAAUCACUGCUCUCAAAUGUUGUGUCAGAUGUCAAUAAGACACUCACCAAUCUGUACAACACUGUAACCUUAGCUAAUGUCACCGCAGAAAACAACACUAACACAGCCAACGAGACACGAAAAAUGAUAAAAUGCAAAGAAAUAGUCUAUGACCCAAAUGAAGAUGUGGAACCCACUGUAGAAAUAGUCAAUGCCACACAGUUAAUUAAACUGCUACAUGUCAACCCGGAAAUCACAAGUAGAGACAUGGAAGCUGACUGCCUACUAGUAUUCUUCUAUGCUAAAGCCUGCCCCUUCAGUGCGCGGGCAGCCCCACAUUUUAAUGCUCUUGCAAGAGCAUUUCCUAAUGUAAAGAUGGUGGCUUUAGAUGCUCUGAAAUAUGGUGGAACAAAUACCGUUUAUGGCAUAGUGGGGGUGCCAACACUGAAAGUUUUCCAUAAUGGAAGACCUUAUGGAAAAUUUAAUGGAACAGAUUAUAAUAUCCAGUCAUUUAGUAAGUUUCUUCAUGCAGUCACUGGGAAGCAUGCCCUCAGUCUUGUAGUGACAUCAAAGGACUUCCAAGGUCCAGUUUCAAGUGUUGUUGAGACAGAAACUGAUUACUUUUUAGUACUAUCUUGGCUGUUUAUUAUAGUUUGUUCUGUUUAUUACUUCAUGCAGUCCAAGUGUUGGACAAUGAUUGUAGAAAUGGUUCAGAAUAACUGGCGAGAGUCAGAGGCACAACAUGAACAUAAUGACUAGUUUGUUACAUUUAAUUAUUAGGUGGGAAAUGAAUAAAAUGCUUUUAUUUAUAUAA